CACCGCAUUGCAAACUCGCAGGCAGCAAUUCUCACCUCUUGUUUACACAUAAAACAGCUUUGUUUGGAUAUUUUUUUUUAAAUCUGCUUUUUAAGCCACCGUUAACAUUGAAUUGCAAAUAUGAUGACUGCACUUAACGAAGGAGCCCCCCCGUCUUACGUCGACGGAGAGGCCCCGCCACCGGCUUACACCACUGGCGGGCCCCUUGGUCCUUCGCCCUACAGCCGCUUACCACUGGGAUUCAACAUCUACCACAAGGGGUGGAUGAGCAAAACAUAUCCUCUGGGCGAGCAUGAGGACCAGAUCCGUCUCACAGUCACCUUGCACGGCCAAUUCGGGCACAAGAAACCCUUUAUCGUCCUCCACGACGGAAACGACCCGGAAGGCCCGGUUCUGGGCACCGUCACCAAGGAGAGCAUGUUGAACGCCCACACUACCAUCACAGUCCCUGGCCGCCCGGGGUCGGCCUUCGACCCGUUGAGCGAGCAUCUGAAGUGCAACAUGGCUCUGAAGCAGUUCACCUUUACCUUUGCAUUCGACGUGGGCAUUGGCAAGGACACCCGUCGCGAGCGCUUCGAGUGGCGCCCGUCGCGCGGCGAAGAGGUCAAGGUGCUGGAUAAGUGGGCGUGGGGCUGGAAGCUGGUGCGUCUCGGCGCCAGCGAGGGAGGCGGUGGAAGCCGAUCCGAACGGGAAUCGGGCAAGACCAGCGACGGCAAGGACAUUGUAGCCGUCUGGGCCGAGAACUCGACGUGGACAAUGUCCAAGUGCGGCAAGUUCCAUUUCAUCGGCGCGGGCUCUACGGGCGAGCUGGGUGAGGAGUGGGCUUUCAUGGCUGUCAUGUCGGCGCUGAGGCUGUGGGAUUACUUCACCGGAACGCUCACCACUGGCUCUUGA